CGCUGGCAGUGACGCAGCACCGUCGCAAAGCGUGCGUGGGGUCGAUAUUGACCCCAGUUGUGAGUUUCCGUUUGUGUUUUGUCACGAAAAUGGCUGGGCAAUAUAAUUUGAGACCUAUAUCAGCGCUCGCUGAAACUCUCAGAGCGACCGAGAGAGAACAAGCAUCCGAUAUUCCUUCCGAGGAAGAAGAUCAUGCGGUGGAAUUCAGUGGAUCGGAGUCGGAGGAAGACGCUGACGAAAUAUCCGAGCAACCGGACGAAGGUAACUCUAGAAAACGUUCGAAUCCAAGCAUCAUUCAUGGAAAAGAUGGCCACCGAUGGUAUACGACACCGCAGCAACGAUCCCAGGGCCGGCAAAAUACUCCGGUAUCUUAUUUGCCAGGUCCGGUCGGUGAGGCAAGACGAGCCAGCACUCCUCUUCAAAUGUGGAGCUUGCUGUUCCCUGAUUCCCUCAUUGAAAAGAUUGUCCGCCAUACAAAUGAAGAAAUUCGUCGUUAUCGGGAUUCGCUUGAAAUCGAUGACGAUCGAGAUCGCACGUACUCCGAAGUUGGAAUUGUGGAAAUCAAAGCGUACAUCGGCUUAUUGUACUUUUCGGGUCUCCAGAAGACAUCGCACACCAAUCUUGAAGAUCUAUGGAAUCCCGAAUACGGCUCGAUAAUGUACCGAUCAACGAUGUCGUGUAAUCGGUUCUCGGUAAUUUCGAGAAAUUUACGCUUUGACGAUAAAACCACAAGGGCUGAGCGAAGAGAAACCGAUAAGUUCGCUCCAAUCCGUGAGCUGUGGGAACAAUUUAUAUCGAAUUGUACAAAAUAUUACAAUCCAACCUCGUACUGCACAAUUGACGAACAAUUAGUUUCUUUUCGCGGACGAUGUCCAUUCAAAGUGUAUAAUGGCGCCAAGCCUGAUAAAUAUGGCAUAAAGAUCGUUAUGCUAAAUGACUCGAGGACGUUCUACAUGUUCUCUGCUGAGCCAUACGUGGGAAGAGUCACGACAGAGAAAGGGGAGAGUGUCCCAUCUUAUUACAUCCGGAAGUUGUCACAGCCGCUGCACGGAACGAAAAGGAAUAUAACAUGUGACAAUUGGUUCUCGUCAAUACCAAUUUUUGAGAAGAUGCUGACAGAGCAUUCAAUCACGAUGGUCGGAACACUUCGAAAAAACAAACGCGAAAUUCCCGGCCAUUUCCGAAGCGCAGGACCUGUGUCAUCGUCGAAAUUCGCAUUUGAUGGGAGAAUGACUCUGAUGGCCCACACUCCGAAACAAAAUAAAAUCGUCAUAUUGCUCUCGACCUUCCACGAUUGUGCAACGAUCAAUCAGGAGACUCAAAAGAUGGAGAUAAUUCAUUUUUAUAAUACAACAAAAGGAGGUACCGAUUCAUUCGAUCAAAUGUGCCAUGAAUAUUCUACGGCUCGAAAGACUCUACGGUGGCCCAUGAGGAUAUGGCUGGCGAUGCUUGAUCAAGGAGGAAUUAACGCCCUUAUCCUUUACAACUCCAACGCUAAUCUAGAGGCUUUUAACAGGAAGACGUUCUUAAAAAAUCUAAUAAAAGCCCUAGUGGAGCCGCACCUGCGAGCAAGACUACAAUUGCCCAAUUUUCGUCGUGAGCUUCGUUUCAACAUCCAUACGAUCCUUGGGCAAGGAGAGAGGCCCGUGAAACGCGGCCAACAGAAGCGCGCAAGAUGUGGCUUGUGUCCCAGGGCACAGGAUCGCAAGGUUCAGAUGUAUUGCGAAAUGUGCCACCGAACCGUCUGCGAAGAUCACAGAGUUAUCUUCUGCUGCGAUUGUGCGUGAUGCGACUAAAUAAGUAUUUUUCAUUUUUUUUCAUAUUUUUUAC